CCAAUAAUAAUUUUAUUCACUACAAAAUGAUAUUAAAUGUUCUUAAACAGAUAACAACAUACUAUCAAUGUCCAUUAUUUAAUAAAGCAGUGAGGCUUUACGGUAUAUAUGAACCGCCAUACAUAAAGGCAAAGGAAUUUGAAAUACCACUUUAUCCUGUUUUAAAUAUACAACUUAGAGGAUACAAGUAUCCUGUACUAGAGAGUUAUCAAAGUUUUAUUCAUAAAAUAGUAAAAGUAUUUGACUUUACUGUUAAUGAUAGCAUUCCUUUUCCACAUAGAGAAUUUAAGAUAAAAAGACUUAAAAUAGGAAGUACUAUAGUUGAUGCUGAAUAUGACUUAAAAAUUUAUGAGAGGGAUAUACAAAUAUCAAAUGUCUCAUCUACAAAAUGUCCCAUUUUUAUUAGAGUACUAGAAGCAAGCUUGCCAGAAGGAGUUUCAUUAGUCAUUGAUAAAUAUGACCCAAUACUACAAAAGAAACGUCUAAUACCCAACAAAGAGUUAAUUGAUGUGAAAACUGAGUUAGAAGAAUUCUUUGAAAGUAAACAGAAAUAAUUACUAAUUCAUAUAAGAAUUUAUUUACAACUUAUUUAAUGUUAUAAUUUGAAGGAAAAAGCAAAUUCAUAUAAUGAUAAAGAAACAAUUUGAUAGUACAAUUUAAAAACGACUUUUAUUGUAUAAAAAUUAUGUAC